AUGGCAACUCAAGUAGUGACAAUAAAGGAACUAAAAAUUUUAGAAAGUAACUUGGAAAAAGAUUUGGAUUAAUUUUUGAAAGAAUUUUCUUCUUUUGUGGAUGAUAUAAUUAAGAAAGAAGAUAAAAAUGUCUAAGAGUUUUAUGAAAAAAAUACAGAAUUUCAAAAAUCCUUACAGCCCAUACAAGAUAAAAAUAUAGAAUAUCAGAAAUAAACUUAACAAUUACUUGGAUUAAAUGAAGAAUUGAAAGAGAGCUUCAACUUGCUUUAAAAUUAAGAAAACAAUAUCUUAAUGAAUGAGCUUCAUGUUAAUUUAUGCUAAGAAGAAAGCGCUCUAUAACAAAAAAUAGAAAAAGAAAAUAAUUAAAUCGAUAUUCUUAAAAAAAGUAAUUUAAAAGGAUUUUAAAUGAUUUUUUAUCAUUUUAUUAAUAAUACAUUUUUAGGCAUAAAUGAUUAAACUAAGAGAGUGGAGGAGUUUGUUUAAUAACUUAAAAAUUUUGCAGAACCUUAUAAUAAAUAUUUUGGAUUAGAGAUAAAAAAUCCUGAGGCAUCUACGCUUCAAAUAAUUAUUACUAGUGAUAAAAUAGUUAAUGAGCUAAUUAUCUAAUUUAAUUAAAAUGAAAUUUUGAGUAAACUUAACUAGAUAGAUUUAAGCUUAAAUAACUUUAAUUUUUUAGUUAAAAAAAAUAGUUUUGGAAGGACUGUGGAUGAGUAUAUAGAAAGAUAUUUAGUAUGUAGAGAUAUAUCAGGAUUAGUUUAGCAGCUUUGGAAAUUAUCUUCAAAAAACUAAAUGGAAGUUAUUAAUUGA